CAAUGCCAUGCACGUGAGUGCUUGUACCGGCAAUGGCCCGAAACCCAACUUCGGAAUCUAAUGAGCAUGGACAAUAAAUUGACUUGGAUGAGCUCGCCGUUGCCGCUCACAUCGACUUCAAGGGCCAGCCCAGUCAUCACGAUGGCUGGCUCGCGUUUCUUCCCAAAAUCUUCCACAUCCUCUCAAACUUUUACUACUCAGAAAGGUUCAGGGGAUCCAACUCGGGCGUCUGUUGUUCACCUCUUGGCUAGAGCUCAUUCUCUUCCAUGUUCGGCGGUUUCUCAGGCAUUCAUGCAGCUCGUACAACCUACUGCGAGAUUUCAGUUAGCUCUUGAUAUGCUAUUGCCUCUCCUUACUUCAGCCGCUGAUCUCGCACAACGCAUCCCGGUUUCAUUCAUUCUUUAUUCCAUGUAUGCUCCUUAUCCGAUUUCUCUCAAUCCCUUCAAGUCCGUCUUGUACGCUACAUUCGUUAAGGAGAGAGAACUCGCCAUAGAAAUUUCAACCGAGGGCGGGUUCAGUGAAAGGGAGCAAUUGGUUUGGGUUCUCUGGAAGAUCCUGAAGGGGGAUGGUAAUGAUAUUGGUCCCUAUUCUCCUAGUACCUUGACAAAAUCACCCCUGCCUCCGGAAUUGAGGGCUUCAUGUCUGUUUUUGGAUGAAGAGACUUUCAUGGAAAGUGACCCUGAUCACUCUGUUGCCAAAUCCACGAUCACGGCAGGAGAACCGAAGCAAUUUGCCGAGCAAGGCGCUUCCAAGAAUUCGUUAUCAUUACUCCCGCCGGCCACAGAGACCAGGAUUACACGAGAAACAGAUCGAGAGAAUGAACGCAUCGCCCAAGCAAUGAAACUUGUACUUGCAGCUCGUGAUCGAGCACUUACACUCACAGAACAACGGAUCUUGACACCUUUAAUACCCCACCUGACCUCUCCCACGAUGAUAACUUCCGUGGACCUACCGCCCAUCGUCUCGUAUAAUCCUAACCUAGCUUACCAGCUUGUCGUCGCUUUACUGAUGGCACCUAAUAACCUUGCACAAGAUAUUUCUGUAUAUUUGGACGCCCUGACAUUACUCCCUCCAACGCUCCCAUCAUUUGACCUCCUUGGCCGUCUCCUUCGUGAUACGUCAGCUCUUCCAGAUUAUUCGACUGGUGGCAAAACUACGAUAGCAGACAUCGUACGUUCCGAAGUCCUGGGACGCUUUAUUCAUGAGAGUAUCAAGUGGCUUGACAAUGCUGAGAGAGACGAACACGAGGGGCUCGUCAGUGAUGACCGAUUUGCGAAGGGGGUUCAAAAUCUCUGUCGUUUCUAUUCCUCAUUGCUCAAGCUCUCGAUCGUGGACGCCGCUUCCGAUGCAGAUUCAACUGAAAUGUCACAUUUCACCUUACGCCACUCUCGCUUCGAAGAGGCAAACGCUCUGUAUUGCAUCCUAGCAUCAGGUAGAUAUGACCCUUUCUACACCGCCAUGAUAUAGCAAUUUUUGUCUUAUCCUAUGCAUGUUUUCAUCUCGUUCCAUGGUCACACGUCAUUACUUACCACAUGCCUUUACUAUUAGCUAUAUGUCCCGCACUCAUAUGAUCCCAGUUUAUGCCAUGUCUCAUUCAGCUGUUUGCAUAGUGUUGUAGUUCAGAUGCAGGUAUGUUUAGAAGAUGAAAUUUAACGGUUCAAAGCUUGA